AUGGCUACACCUCAUUCUCAAACGUCUCCCCUGGGACCUGAUACUCUGAUCACUGUCAAAGUGAUUAUCGAUGGCACUAAUCGACGAUUCAAACUCGCUCUUCGCGACCUCGGAGCCAACGUGCUUCCGCAGAAGCUCCGUUUCUUGCUCAAUAUCCCCGAUGAGCAGGAAGUUCGCUUCGAUCGAUUCUCCGAUUCGGCCGGCACCUACAUCACCUUGGACAGUAGCAAUCCUGCCAUAUACAAGCAAUUGUAUAGAGCCGCCAAAGCUAAGCUCAAGCUACGUUUGAGAGCUACCGUUCAAGCUCCGGCGAAGUCGCAGAAAGGGGAGAACGCUGAGAAACCCCCGAUGAUUGAACUACCGGAGCAUAUGAAGAACACUGGCAUAAUCUCUGAGCCGAGACACAGUUUCCUCGAGACUGUUCUGUCUCAGCCAUUGGGCAACGGCACUGCAUCUUCGCUCAAUUCUUUCAAGACGAGCUGCCCAUAUUCACUACCUUGUGCCAUUCCCGGCGCCUUCGACCUCAGCCAGACUGGUUCGGAUGAGUUGCCGCCCAAAGGUCCAGUCAAGAUCCGCGGCUCCAAAGUCUUUAGCUUCCCUACCCUACCGUUGUUGGAUGACUUCCCCUCGGCCUCUUACAGCAUUGACUGCAACAAUUGCGGCAUGACCGUACCUAAUGAGCAUUAUCAUUGCGGCAUCUGUGAAAAUGGAGAUUUCGAUCUCUGCAAACCUUGUGUUGACGCUGGCGUCACCUGCAAUGGCGAAGAGCACUGGCUUCUCAAGAGAACCAUCCGUAACGGCGUCGUCGUGCCUAGCACUACGGAGACCUUACCGCCGAAGAAGUGCCCGGAAGCUCCCACUGGCUCCUCGGACGACACCGUUACGCCAGUCACUCUCGAGCAAGAUGAUGGGGAACGCACCUGUAACUCUUGCAUUAGCCAAUUGCCGGCCCGAGAAUUUGUAACUUGCCAGGAUUGUCCUGAUUUCGACCUUUGCUUGAGCUGCAUGCAGGAUGAAUUACACGGGCAUGAUCCAUCCCACAAAUUCAAAGCACAAGAGACCAUGUCUUACCUGACCUGUCCUGAAAUCAAGGAGCUUUGCGCUCCGGGACGCGGCGUUCGCCACGAUGCUAUCUGCGAUGGUUGUGAAAAGAGUAUCCGUGGUGUCCGGCACAAGUGUUUGUCUUGCCCCGACUUCGACUAUUGCUCAGGCUGUAUCAAAACUGCUGGCGAAAACCACCAGGGUCAUCGGUUUGUGCCCCUCUACACACCUCUUCAGAUGCUGGGUGCUCCCAAGCAACGCCACCGCGGUAUCUACUGUGACGGACCACUGUGUGUUGGCCAAAAGCGGUACAUCACUGGCGAUCGCUACAAAUGUGCUGUUUGCCAUGAUACCGACUUCUGCGCCAGGUGUGAGGCAUUGCCGAACAAUGGGCAUAAUUCAUCGCAUCCCUUGAUCAAGAUCAAGGUCCCCAUCCGAAACAUUUCCAUCAGCACUCAGCAUGAAACCGAGGGCGGCAACAAUAUGACACAACUUGGAGAUCGCCCGUCGGCCAAGCACGUUGCCACUGAGACCACCCGCUCAAUAGUGGCAAAUGCCGCUACCCAAGUGCAAACGGUGGCGGAAGUUCAACCUACCGAGACUGCGCCGUCUGCCGUGGAGCCCGUGAAGGUGAACGACUCUGUGCCGAGUCCACCAGUUGGCAAUGAUCUUCAGGCGUGGUUUGUCUCGGACUCAACGCCUGAUGGUACUCGAGUUGCGCCGAAUCACCUGGUGUCACAGUCCUGGACAGUCCGCAAUCCUGGACCAGACGCCUGGCCAGCAGGCUGUGCGGUGUACUACAUUGGAGGAGAUGACAUGCGCAACUUGGACAUUCAUCAUCCAUCUAGCGUCAGUGCAAUGACUUCCGCCAACCGCAGCAACUUCCUCUCUACCAGUCUCGAACCAGGAAAGACUGCUGUCUUUACUGUCCUCCUCAAGUCGCCGCCUCGUGAAGGACGGGCUAUCUCCUAUUGGCGUCUCAAGACACCUGGUGGACUACCAUUCGGUCACAAGCUCUGGGUUGACAUUGAUGUUCGUGCUGCUCCGGUCGACUUGCCCGAAUCUUCUGACUCGUCGUCUCCUUCGACCACUGCCGAUGUCAAAGUGGGCACAGCUAAGAAUGACAAGGACAAGUCAGAGGCCAGCUCCACAAUGAUUUUCCCAAAGCUGGACAAGGAAUCUCCCAUGUCUAGUCUCCACGAUGUCAGCGCAGAGAGUGUUGAUGUAGCACCCGUGUCAGUCAUGGAACCAACCACCACGACGGACGAACAGGAGCUUCUCGAGGAUGUCGAAAGCCUGGAACUCGAGGAUUCCGAGAGCGACCGGGAAGGAUUCCUGACGGACGAAGAAUAUGACAUCCUCGAUGCGACAGAUGAGGACUUCUUCAUGGAGGCCCAGCAGGGAGGCAGCAAGUAG